AUGGUUGGAUUUGAAGAUCAUAUCGCAGCUAUCACAAGAAACUAUCAAGUUAACCCACGUUUAGAUUAUAGAACUGUUACAGCAGUAAAUGGUCCACUCGUUAUUUUAGAUAAUAUCAGAGGUCCAAAAUUCUCUGAAAUUGUAACUUUAACUUUAGGUGAUGGUACUCAAAGAAAAGGUCAAGUUUUGGAAAUCCAAGGUAAAAGAGCUGUUGUACAAGUUUUCGAAGGUACAAUUGGUAUUGAUGCCAAACACACUCGUUGUGAAUUCUCUGGUGAUAUUUUAAAGAUGCCAGUAUCAGAAGAUUCAUUAGGUCGUAUUUUCAAUGGUUCAGGUAAACCAGUUGAUAAAGGUCCAAAUGUUUUAGCUGAAGAAUACUUAGAUAUUCAAGGUCAACCAAUCAAUCCAUCAGUUAGAGUUUACCCACAAGAAAUGAUUCAAACUGGUAUCUCUGCUAUUGAUACUAUGAAUUCAAUUGCUCGUGGUCAAAAGAUUCCAAUUUUCUCUGCUGCAGGUUUACCACACAAUGAAAUUGCCGCUCAAAUUUGUCGUCAAGCUGGUUUAGUUAAAAAAUCAGGUAAAGGUGUUAUUGAUGAUCAUGAAGAUAAUUUUGCUAUUGUAUUCGCAGCUAUGGGUGUUAAUAUGGAAACUGCAUCAUUUUUCAAACGUGAUUUCGAAGAAUCAGGUUCUAUGGAUAGAACUGCUCUCUUCCUUAAUUUAGCAGAUCAUCCAACCAUCGAACGUAUUAUUACUCCACGUCUUGCAUUGACCACCGCCGAAUAUCUUGCAUAUCAAUGUGAAAAACACGUUUUAGUUCUUUUAACCGAUAUGUCUUCAUAUGCUGAUGCUCUUCGUGAGGUAUCUGCUGCUCGUGAAGAAGUACCAGGUCGUCGUGGUUAUCCAGGUUAUAUGUAUACAGAUCUUUCAACCAUUUACGAACGUGCUGGUCGUAUUCAAGGUCGUAAUGGUUCUAUCACUCAAAUUCCAAUUUUGACUAUGCCAAAUGAUGAUAUUACCCAUCCAAUUCCAGAUUUAACUGGUUACAUUACUGAAGGUCAAAUUUUCAUUGAUCGUCAAAUCAAUAACAGACAAAUCUACCCACCAAUCAAUGUAUUACCAUCACUUUCUCGUCUUAUGAAAUCCGCCAUUGGUGACGACAUGACCCGUGGCGAUCACUCUGAAGUCUCAAAUCAAAUGUAUGCCAACUAUGCCAUCGGUAAAGAUGUCCAAGCUAUGAAAGCUGUCGUUGGUGAGGAAGCACUUUCUUCUGAAGAUAAACUCUACUUAGAAUUUUUAGAACGUUUCGAAUCUAGCUUUGUCGGUCAAAACCAUUAUGAAAAUCGUGAUAUCUUUAAUUCAUUGGAUCUUGGUUGGUCUUUAUUAAGAACUUUCCCAAGCAAUCUCCUCAAACGUAUCACUGAAAAAACUAUUAAACAAUACUAUUCACGUUCAUCAAAGGGUACUGUAGAUUCAACUAACUAA